UGGUAGAAAGUGUGUGUAGGGCGGGUCAUGGUUGUGUGUGUUUGAACUGUUGUAUGUGAUGUUUGUUCCACUAGACUAAGUGUCUGAGCAAGUGUGUGUGUGUGUGUGUGUGUGUUUCUACAGACUACAGCUCUACUACGUGGGGUCAGUCGGAGCCCCACCCUCACCCUGCCUGCUGCGCUCGACUGUGCUGGAAUCGCACUAUUUAUUGACCAUCCCGCGACACACACACACACCCACCCCCACCGUGCUCACUGACCACUCAAGCACACACAUCUCACACGCAGGUCACACCCCGCUCACACCGAACUCACACACAGACACACGGCCCCGUGAGCACCGACAGUGCGGACGACGGACGAUGCGGAGCCCCGCCGGCGCACGCGCUCCCUCGCUGCGCUCCUUCGCGCGCGUGUGCGCGCUCCUGUGUUCCUUCGCGCACGUGUGUGUGCCGGACUCCGCCGAGGGACGCCAGCCAGAGCCGCCUCGCGCAGACAAACUGCUGGUCCUUACAGUCGCUACCAAGGAGACUGAUGGCUUCCUACGCUUCAUGCAAUCGGCAGAUUAUUUCAACUACACUGUGAAGGUACUCGGGAUGAGCGAGGAGUGGAAGGGGGGAAACGGGGAUAACAUCGGCGGGGGUCAGAAGGUACGCUUGCUGAAAGAAGCUAUGGAGACACUGGCAGAUCAGGAGGACCUGGUGAUCUUGUCAGUGGACAGUUACGAUGUCAUUUUUGCGGGAGGACCGGAGGAGCUGCUGAAGAAGUUCCAGCAGUCAAACCACAAAGUGCUGUUUGCAGCUGAGGGGCUCAUCUGGCCGGACAAGCGACUGGCGGACAAGUACCCCUCCGUCCGUAGUGGCAAACGUUUCCUGAACUCGGGAGGUAUCAUUGGCUAUGCACCAUAUAUCAACAAGAUUGUGCAGCAAUGGAACCUUCAUGAGAAUGAUGAUGAUCAGCUGUUUUACACCAAAAUAUACCUGGAUCCCCUGCAAAGAGAACGUCUAAACGUGACUCUUGAUCACAAGUGCCAGAUUUUCCAGAACCUGAAAGGAGCUGUAGAUGAAGUGCUGUUGAAAUUCGGUAACGAAAGGGUUCGAGUCAGGAACACCGUCUAUGACACGUUGCCGGUGGUAAUCCAUGGCAACGGAAACACCAAAUUGUACUUGAACUACUUGGGCAACUACAUCCCUAACACUUGGAACUACGAGCAUGGCUGUGGCGUCUGCGAUAAGGACAUUUUGGAUUUGUCACAUUUCCCUGAAUACCCUAGCGUGACGGUCGGUGUAUUUAUCGAACAGCCAACUCCCUUCCUGCCAGAAUUUCUCGAAAGACUUCUGACUCUCGAUUACCCUAAAAAUAAACUUUCCAUUUUUGUCCACAACAAUGAAGUUUACCACGAAAAGCACCUCCAGAGAUUCUGGGAAGAAAAUAAAAAUGUCUUCAAAAGCUUCAAGGUUGUAGGCCCUGAGGAGAACUUGAGCCAAGGAGAGGCCAGGAACAUGGGAAUGGAUUCGUGCCGCAUGGAUGAAGGCUGUGACUUCUACUUCAGCAUUGAUGCCGAUGUCAUGCUCUCGAACAGGCAAACCCUGAAACUCCUCAUAGAGCAGAACAGGAAAAUCAUCUCCCCCCUCGUAAGCCGCCACAGCAAACUGUGGUCAAACUUCUGGGGGGCCCUGAGUUUGGACGGCUAUUACGCACGCUCCGAAGACUACGUAGAUAUUGUGCAGGGCAAGCGUGUUGGUGUCUGGAACAUUCCAUACAUGGCCCACAUUUAUCUUAUCAAGGGAGAAACCCUGAGGAACGAGCUUAAGGAGAGGAACUAUUUUGUUCUGGAGAAACUGGAUCCCGAUAUGGCGCUUUGCCGAAACACAAGAGAGCAGACCGUACAAAGAGAAAAAGGCGCACCUUCUCCGGAAACAUUCCAUAUGCUCAGACCCCCAAAGGGUGUUUUCAUGUACGUUACAAACCGCCAUGACUUUGGAAGGUUAAUUUCCACUGCUAACUACAACACAUCGCAUUAUAACAACGAUUUGUGGCAAAUAUUCGAAAAUCCAGUGGACUGGAAGGAGAAGUACAUCCACCCGAAUUACACGCGGAUCUUCACCGAGAACCUCACAGAGCAGCCUUGUCCUGAUGUCUUCUGGUUCCCAGUGUUCUCCGAAAAAGCCUGUGAUGAACUCGUUGAGGAGAUGGAGAAUUAUGGGUUAUGGUCUGGUGGAAGACACAAGGACAAACGCAUCUCUGGUGGUUAUGAAAAUGUCCCAACAGACGACAUUCACAUGUCCCAGAUAAACUUUGAGAAGGAAUGGCUGCAUUUCAUUCGCGAGUACAUCUCGCCCGUGACGCUCAAGGUCUUCUCCGGCUACUACACAAAGGGCUAUGCCUUGUUGAACUUUGUGGUCAAGUACAGUCCGGAAAGGCAGCCUGCUCUCAGGCCGCACCACGAUACCUCCACAUUCACCAUCAACAUCGCGUUGAAUAACAAAGGCUCGGACUUCCAGGGGGGAGGCUGCCGUUUCCACAGGUAUAACUGCUCCAUCGAAUCCCCACGCAAGGGGUGGAGCUUCAUGCACCCAGGUAGGCUGACUCACCUGCACGAAGGUCUGCCCACGACCAACGGCACCCGAUACAUUGCAGUGUCCUUCAUCGACCCCUGAGCUUCCCUGACCAUCUAGGAUUCUUGUUUGUUAGUUUGAUUCUUUUCAUUUGUUGUUGGUUUGUUGUUUGUUGUUUUUUGUGUUCAGUUUUCAUUUUUACGGUCCAAAUUACAGAUAAUACCACAUUACUGACAGUAUCAUAAAGGAAUUGUGGAGAAAAUUAAGAAGAAGGCUGUUGUGGUGUGCGGACUGUCUCUAUAUGGUUAGACCUUGUGAGAGGGUGGAACAGGGAUGGGCAAUAAUGGUCCAUUUGGGCCGAUUUUCACAUCUCUUUAUUACUUUGCCUUGAUGGGUAUUUUACUUUGCAAUUAACUGUUUGUGCUAGUUGAGAACUUGCUAUUCAGUUGGGUUAAAUUUUAGAAAAUUAAUAUAGACAAUGAAGUUAUGCUCCACGGUUUAAAUGAGCCUUAGCUCUGUCUUUGCAGAAUUUCCAUAUUCAAAGUUAACUUCUGUUUACUUCGACUCUAUAUUCAUGUUUGUUCAGUUAAAUUGCAGAAUUGCCCAAAGUGACUGAAGGGUCGUAUAUGCACAGCUUAGGUUUUCCUCAAAGCAACUUGUACUGAUUUACCCAUUUAUACAGCUGGGUAAUUUUUACUGUAUCAGUUCAUGGAAAGUAUUUUAAUCUAGGGUACUACAACAAGAGGUGAGAUUCAGACCUAGGUUUGCUGAGUCCAAGACUGCAGCUCUAGCUACUAUGCCACCUGCUGUUCCUCAGGUAGAGUAUGGAUACAGUAGAAUUUUAUUUAUCAGGUUAGUUCCUUAAUGCUGGGGCAGCAGGUGUUGUAGAGGUUAAGGCUAUCACAUUAUUAUCUGAAGGUUAUUGGUACAAGUCCCACUUCUGCUGUAGUAGCCUUGAUCAUGGCAGUCACCCUGAAUGACUCCGGUAAGAAUACCGUGCUGUAUAUGGGUGUAUGGAUAAAUCAUUGCAUGCUGCCUAGCUAACAUAAUGUCAUCUUAGAGAAAGGCAUCAGCUAAUGAAUGUUAAUAAUAAUAAAAGUGUUCUUCCUUCAUAGCAACGAUUUUGUUUUACUAAACUGGUAGCAAGUGGUUCUCAGCUAAGGCAUUUCAGCUCGUUGUGGAAAAUUUAAAGUAUGAUUCUGUGGACCCCAUUAAGAAUUUCAGAGAACAUUUCAAGGAAAUGUACGUUCAUAAAUACUGUUAAUAUGGUUAUAUUUGUAAAAAAAGAAA